AUGGUAUAUGAUGGUAAACCUAGUAAAGGUUGCGGAAACUGUCGCUCGCGCAAGAUCCGAUGCGACCAGGCCCGACCGGUCUGUCGGGAAUGCACUCGAACGAACCGAGAAUGCCUUGGGUAUCGCGAUGAGCUGUCACUGAUGUUCCGCGAUCAGACCGAAUCUGUGUCGCGAAAGGCGCGUUCUUCUCAGUCUUCCUCUGCGGCUUCUACCCCGUCAUCUUCUUCUACAGGCCGCAUGCCGUCGCGAUCGGCUCAUCCUACUUUGCUAGGACGAAGUUAUGCAUCCUCAGUGACCACAAACUCAUCCACAGACCUGGAAGACCCAGCCAUUGAUUUCGGUUCCGAUCCCUUGCAUAAAUUUCGGAUGCGCCAUGCUAGGCAGAGUCUUAUCGGGAUAUAUCCCAACACGGGAAUCUCGGAGCAGGAAGCUAUUUGCUUCUUCCUCCAGUCGCAUGCUAUUCCAGGCAACUUUCUGAUAACGGAUAUUUUGACCGAUUUUCUCAUGGAGUCUGGUGGGUCAGUUAGCCAGCGGGCUAUACAAUCCAGCAUCGUGGCAGUUGCCACCGCCAUGCUCUCGCGUGUUCGACGAGUCGCAUCACUGAGCCAAGCGGCGCGUCGGGAAUAUGGAUCUGCGCUGAACCUAGUCAAUCAGGCGCUUGCCGAUGCCAACCAGGCUAAGACGAACCAGACACUUGGUGCGGUUGUUCUUCUAGCCUUGUAUGAAAUCGUCGUGUCAAGGGCUCCCCAGGGCAUUGAUGGUUGGACGAAUCAUAUUUGUGGAGCGGCAGCUCUACUACAGCACCGGGGACCUACACAAUUGCAAAGCAAUGUAGGAAUCCGCCUUUUUAUACAUUUGAGGUAUCAGAUCAUCAUCAGUUGUCUCCAGCGCGAUGUGCGUGUACCCAGCUAUCUACUGCAAUCUACAAAGCUCGACAUGAUCCCUGAGAUAAAGAAUGCCCUUGGCACUAAAAUUAUCUUAAUCAUCGGCAAUCUGUCGAAUCUACGUGCAAAUAUACACACACAAGCGUUGACCAGCCCCCAAGAGAUCCUCAGUGCGGCAUGUGCCAUUGAAGCAGACCUUCUCGCCUGGUUGGCCGCUCUGCCACCGGACUUUACAUAUAGUAGCCAUACACUCAUGCCAUUAGACCGUUCUUUCGAAUGUCGCUGUCACGGAAUUCGACCGUACAACAAUGAAUACCACAUCUAUCCAGAGAUCUGGGCGUCCAGCUGCUGGAACCACUACCGUUGCGCACGCAUUCUUGUCAGCGAGCUUAUAUUAUCACAAGUCCACAAGCUAUCCAACAGCUCGCCCACCUCCUUAUCCGAAGACUUUCGUUUAUACUGCAAGUCUCUACGCUCAACCAUCCGUCGCCUAGGUGCCGACAUCUGCCGCAGUUGCCCAUUCAGUCUGGGUGCCUGCAAUUCGGAGGUGCUUCCAGAAAGGCCUAUACUUCCACCAGAGAGCUACCUAGGCGGCCUCAUGAUGCUAUGGCCCCUAUACAUUGCCGGCAUGGUCGAGGGACCGACUCAUCCACAGCGUCGGUGGGUAAUACAGUGUCUUUGGAGGAUAGGGAACACGUGGGGGCUGGCGCAAGCGCUGGCACUGAUGGAUCUUCUCAUCGUGGACCCGGGAAUGUUCCAUUCUGUGGAAAGAUAUGGCGAAGCCGCUGAAACCCCGGCUGGAUUGUCGGAAGUACUUCCGUUUUCUAUCUUCCACGUGCCGUAUUAUAAUCUUCCGGCUUUGAAAGAGUAUCGAGAGCUUCAGGCAUCUUCAACGUGAAAACUUGGUCCGCACAGCCUAUCAGAUGUAUACAUCGUCAUUAUAUGCGCUCUAGCUUCACCCUCCGUGCUGG